CUUUGGUUGCAGGAUGAGUCACUGACAUUUUGUGAUUAAUCCCUUGACACAUUUCUGUUAGCUUGUUCAGUCUCACACUCAGAGGGUCCCAGGUCACAUCGAGUCUCACCUUCUGGUCCUGCAUGAACCAUGCAUCCUCUCAGCUGGUUCACUUUAAUUUUCCUGUCCUCCUUCCUUUCAUCUGUGAUCUCCAUACAGUGCAGCAAAACUCAGUAUUCUUGGCCGGCAAAUGAAGAUAAAUUAUGCUGUGAAAAAUGCCCGCCAGGCAAGCGCAUGCGUGUGCGCAAGCCGGACUCUUGUGUCAUUGAUUGUGUACCUUGUGCAAAGGACCAGUACACUAAUGACCACAAUGUGGAGACGAGCUGCGAUGUUUGUGAAAAUUGCAAUAAACAAAACAUGGAGUACGAGUCUUACUGUAACACCACUCAUAACGCCGUGUGUAGGUGUAAGCCUGGCUACACAUGCACAGACCAGCAGUGCACAUGGUGCACACCCGUACUGACCACCACCACCCGCAAAGCUACAACUCCUCCACUCACUACAGUCUUCAAAAAGGAUACACUCCCCACAUUCUGCAUACUCACAGGAACAACAGCUCUUGAACCAGUGACAGAUAAUACGACUUGGUUCCUGGUGAUAACUGCUCUCCUGUGUGCUGGAAUAGCACUCAUUUUAGUAACCAAGCUGAAGUCGUUUCUGCGCUGGAUCAGAUCCAAGCAUGGUUACUUUUUGCCAGAAAAGACUGUACCAGGAUCACCACACACUGAGGAAGAGAACGUCUCCACUCCAAUCCAGGAAAUGUGCGGGAAAUGUGACCAACCAAUUAACAUCAGUGGCAAAUGGAACCACGUCCUGGCAGCCGUGCUGACCAACACAAAACGUAAGAUGUAUGUUUGGGGUCUGAUGUGGAGAGAAAAUAUCUGCAACAUCUGA